GGACAAAGCGCAGAGGAGACACCUCCGCUCAGUCGUGUAGGUGCGCUGUGGCUGUAUGGGCGCGGCCUCAUCACAGGGCAGGACAAGGUGCGCUUCCAGCACCUCACCCCACUCCGCAGCUGACUGCCCUCACGUACGAGCCUCGUGUGCUGUCGGGCCACCUGGACUGUCAAAAAAAUGACGUGUUUGGAUCCGCUGAAAUCUGUAAUUUCCAUCAUGAAUGUGGACGACACAUCGCUGGCUCUGCCGUCCGUUAACCAGCACCGAUCAGGCCAGCAGCGCGUCCUGGAACAGGUUCAAACUGUCAGGAGGACCAAGUCCAGACAGUCCAGCAGCAGGAGUGGAUCUGCUUCUUUAUCUCCAACAAGCCCUGUCUCUGACUCCGUGUUUGUUGAUGCCUUUAAGUCAUAUCCAAGUGCCUCUAAUGGAAGUGUCUUCUUGGGGAAUGGCUUCUCUAAAACUGACAGCCUGGAGAAGAACAUGAAUUGGCAAGUUGUGAACAACAAGAGGGGAUCCACUGUGAAGAAGAACACAGUGGCGUCUACCUAUUAUAAGACUUAUGCCCCCGUUGGCUCCAUGGCGGUCAGAAAAACCAACACCAGCCGCAGCGAGCCCAACCUUGUCUGGCAGCACUCCGUGCAAAAACGCUCUGUUCCUCCACAGAGACUCCUCUCCAACAGCAGCACCCACAUGAAGGAAAGGCCCACCAGUCAGUUCAUAGUGAGCACCGGGUCCCAGCCUCAGCUUCUGUCCACCGUGAACGGCACUGGUCAGAUCAAAUCAAACGCCCAGUUUAUACGCAGUUCAGUUGACGUGUCCAAAACCUCUUCAAAGCCUCCAGUUGCUGAGACUUUUCUAAAGAGCAAAGGAGAUUCUGGGUCAAAUGGCAACAGUGGAGUUGCUGAUAUUACUAUGAAGGAGGCUGUGGAGUAUCUCUCCAGCAUGGAGGAGACAUAUCAGCACUGUGGCGCUUCCUACAUCCAGCACAACACUUUCAUUGAUGACAAGGCUAAGGAGGAGGUGUUGAGGCUCAAUGGGGUCCUUCCCUUGGUGGGUCUGCUGCGCAGCCCCAGUCUCAAAGUCCACCAGACAGCUUCGGCUGCCCUCCGUAAUUUAUCCUUUAAAAACAACAACAACAAAGAGGAGAUCCACCGCUGUGGCGGCAUCACAGAGGCCGUGGCCCUGCUCAGAGAUUCAGACUCUGUAGAGAUACAGAAACAGCUGACAGGUCUGCUGUGGAAUUUGUCCUCUUUAGACAGCCUGAAGCCAGACCUGCUGAAAAGUGCUCUGCCUGCCUUAAUGGAGCGUGUGAUCCUGCCUUACACAACAGGUCCUGACCGGACCAAGAGUGACGCUGACGCCUUCUUUCACACCACUGGAUGUCUAAGAAACCUGAGCAGUGCAAAGCAAAGCAACAGACAGGCAAUGAGAAAAUAUCGAGGUCUGAUUGAUUCUUUGGUCAAAUAUGUCAAAGAUUGUGUGGAAGCAGAAAAACCAGAUGAUAAGUCUGUGGAAAACUGUGUGUGCAUCCUGCACAACCUGACGUUCCAGCUGGAAGCCGAGGCUCCGGCUCUGUUCAGCAGGAUCACAGCUUUGGCCAAGCCGGUCAACAGGAGCCACAGCCAAGGCGACACCGGCCCCAUUGGCUGCUUCAGUCCACAGAGCAAGUCACUAGUGCCUGAGACCCACUUUGAUUUCCCAGUCGUUGAGGAUCCACAACCUAGCGGGGCAGGCUGGCUGAUCCACUCCAAAACUCUGCACAGUUACCUGUCUUUGCUUGGCUUGAGCCAGCACGAAGAAACACUGGAAGCCUGUUGCGGAGCGCUGCAGAACCUCACAGCAAAUGAAGGCAUUGUCUCCAGUGUAAUGAGCCAGAUCAUUGUGCAGAAGCUGAAUGGCCUGCAAGUUAUCAGUCCCCUUUUAAAGUCAAACAAAGUGAACCUGCAGAGGAAUACAGUUGCUUUGGUAGGAAACCUGACCAAGAACCCAAACCUGCACAGUUCAAUAGCUCGUAAAGCCCUGCCAGAGCUGCUGGACAUCCUGAGUGCGGGCACCAAGGAAGGAAAUGAGUCUGAUGACACACUGGCCAUGGCCUGCCAGACUGCCAACUGUCUGUUUAUGAAGGACCCUGAGAUAGGCAAGCGGCUGUUAAACAACAACCUGAUAAAGUCACUGAAUGGCCUCAGCCAAAAUGGGUAUUUACCCAAAUCCAAAAAAGCUGCAGCCCUGCUCCUCUACAACCUCUGGUCAGAAAAAGACAUACAAAGCUUCCUGAAAAAGCAAGGGAUGAGUAAGUCUUCAUUUGUGAAUGACGUCACCACGGCGGCACACAAGUCGGUUCAAAUUGUCGAUUAACAAGUCAGCCUAAGCGGAUUCACCGAAGUAACUCGCCUGCAAGUCCUCUGCACAUCCACAGCACGUAAAAUGUGAGGCCAAGCAGCAUCCCUUCUCAUUUCACAUAGACUUACAGAUGUUUUCAUGCAUGUAUCCAUAUGAUCAUUCCAUCAUCACAUGGUUCCAUACAGUGCUUCAGCUCUGUAUAUGCUGUAAAGUUACUUUUUCUUUUGUGGGAAAAAGGUGAAGGUCAAGAUGUAGCAUGUUAGCAACCAGACUGCAAGUUUUUAUUUGCUUUUCCAGUUUCCAGUUGCUGCCUCUUAAUGUAACCUCUGUGUCUGUGCCUGGUACGAUGAGCUUGCUUUAUUAGAUAAGAAGAACAUAAGGAUUGAGAUUUUAUUUUGCACUGAUAUUGCUGUUGUAACACUGUAAUACAAAACAAAUUUUGAGCAUAAAUAACAGAGGAUAUUUUCUGUUGUUAGAGUUGAUGACUUUGCUAUUAAAAACAGUGACAGUGUCUUAAGCAGAAAUGUGGGUUUACAUUUUAUAGGGACAACUUUUGUUUGUGGUGCAUGCAUCUUUAUUUCAUCUGGUGGUUUAUUUGUAUUUUCCCCAAAGAUGUCAAUAAAGCUGAUGGAGAUCUA